UCAGAAGACCAAGAACUGGAUACUCAUAUCACUCAUGGUGCCCGUUUUACUUUUCCACCGGGUUAUUUUGCUUGUCCACUACAGAAGAAGUUAUGGUUUGAAAUCCAUCCACGCCUGCGGCUUCCACGUGGUAGUGGACGCGACCCGUUAGCGAUUGGUUGCGAUGCGUUGCGGAUGUCACUCGAGAGGUUUUCUAUACGUAACAGGCCGAAUACGUAUGUUGUCAGGGAGUCCGAUGGCAGUGUUUCGUAUAUGCAACUCCACACAUCGAUAGAGACUUUCAACGCAUCGCUGAAACGUCAUCGAAUAAACGUGAAAAAGAACAAAGAGCCAAAACACACGUCCUGCUGGCAGUAUAUGGUGGGACCCCAGCGCAAGAAAUUUGUGAGGUGUUGGCUGAUGUUCUUCAGAAAACGCCUCGAUCAUGUCACACUCAGUCACCUCAUCGAUACAUUGGCUAAAAAUACACAGACGAGGCUGGACAGCGCCGAUGUUCAAUUCCUUCAACGCGAUCCAGCAUCACCAGCAGGUGUGUUCAAUUACUCGAUACCGAACUCGAUGUCUCAACUGCUGCAGCCGCUCAACUACUACACACAUCAGCACAUGCAGGCAGUGAUGCCAUCAGCAAUGAUACAGGAGGAUUACGGCUCGGGAGGAACUAAGUCACCACAAGAAGGAACUCGAUCUACUGGUGAGAAACUGCUAUGUUUUGGAGCAACUGCAACUCAAACCCUUCCCAGCGAUCCACUUUAUGCGAUAAGCGUUGCAGGUAUUGCUGCGAUCGAGUUACGUUUUGUGACCGGUACCGGUGAAAUGGCGUCGUUAACAACGGGUCGCCUAAACAUCUCAACACAUCAGAGUUUGGCACCAACAUUCUGUACUGAUGAGGAGCGAGAGGUGGCAUAUAGAGAGAUGACGCAUACAACUAGAUAUGAACAUCUGGAGGAAAUACCCGGUGUUUGCGCCUAUGCUCAAGUGGCCGUUUGGCAAGCAGGAGAUGUGGAUCUCAUUCAACUAGAUGAUCAACUGCGACAUGUAGUACAACUUGGGAUUUGUGAUGUUGUGACGGAAUUCGGAAUUCUGAAUCUAAAUGUGAUCGAAGUUGGCGCACAGUUACCAGUGAGCCCAGGAUUGCAUAUCAGCCCGCAUUCG